CCCGUUCAGCUGUACGUGUGCAAUCCUAACUCCCUUUAGCAACCUAAUAAACCAUGUUUCCCUCCUCCUUCCUCCUCCUCCUCCUCCUCCACUUCCCUUCGGUUUACAGUCGCUUCCUCUCCACCUCGGACCUCGUCUCCGAUGGAGUCCAUUACCAGAUUGGCUCUCCUUUCCUUCUCCUCAAUCCAUUUGCUGCGAAUGAAUCGUCCUGUGACCAGACCUACGGAUUCAUGCCGUGCACUACCACCGCACUCGGGAAUCUCUUCUUAAUAAUCGUUUAUGGAUACCUCAUGUACUUGGCCGCCAUAUACUUAUCUGAUGGGAGUGAGCUGCUGCUGAAGAUUCUCGGUUCUGGUAUCAUCGGAGGCCUUUUCCUUCCCAUACUCGGGACUCUUCCCGACGCCCUGCCCAUUCUCGUGUCUGGACUUUCUGGAACCACAGAGGAGGCUCAAAGUCAGGUCUCUGUUGGAAUGGGGUUGCUUGCAGGGUCAACUGUGAUGCUUCUCACAGCGAUAUGGGGUUCCUGUGUAGUUGUUGGCCGGUGUGAUAUUCGUGAUUCAGUUGCAGUUGAUGGGACAAAUCCAAAAGGUUUUAGCUUGACUGAUGGAUUGGUGGCAUUUUCAUAUUUACUUGUGAAGUGGCAAGGCUUAUCACAUAGCUUCAGGAGGAGUCUGAUAUCCACUAGCAGGUACCGGUGUCAGUACUGACAUCUGGACAUGCUAUACCGCGUGGAUAAUGGCUAUAUCAGUUAUACCAUUUAUUGUUGUUGAAGCACCGCAAAUUCUCAAUUCAACUUCAGGAAGAAAUUUAGCUAUCUUGAUUGCACUUAUUUUGUCUGUCUCAAUGCUGGUUGCUUAUUGUCUUUAUCAGGUAAUUUUAGAUUUUA